AUGAGUGGGAUUAGGACAAUAUUACCUAGUUUAUGUCUAAGUCAAUUACGUCCAUAUUCAUUACAAGAUUCUCGUACGAUUGAACAUGCUUGGCAACAACAUGAAGAAGAAGUUCAAUUAGUAAUAUCAACUCGUCAUUAUCUCAUUGAUUUACAACAAUUACAACAAAUUAAUGAAGAAACAAAUCAAGCACGAUUUAUUAAACGUAUUGUUACACCUGAUACCACCGAAACAACAACAACAGCAACAGAUUCAAUUGAUGAAUCAACAAAUUCAAGUCGUCAAUCAACAGCAACAAUAACAACAACAAACAAUUCUUCAGAUGCUCGAACUGAAAUGAUGAAAGAUAAUAUUGAAUUAUAUAGUUCAUUUAUUCAAUCAUUAUUUAGUGUUCUCUAUGAAGUAUAUAAUUCAUCAGCUGGUCCAGCUGUAAAACAUCGUUGUUUACAAGCAAUACUUCGUAUGAUAUAUUAUUGUCCAUCAGAUUUACUUGAAAUUAUUUUAAAACAACAAUCAAUAUCAUCACAUAUAGCAUCAAUGUUAGCAUCAUCCGAUUAUAAAAUUGUUGCUAGUGCCUUACAAAUGGCUGAAAUUCUAAUGAAAAAAUUACCACAAAUAUUUUCAAUUUAUUUUUAUCGUGAAGGUGUUGUACAUCAAAUUGAAAUUCUUAUUGGUUUUGGUAUAUUAUCAUCAUCAUCAUCAUCAUCAUCAUCAAAUACAUCAUUAACACGUCAUAAUCAUACAAGUGGUAGUCAUAGUCAACUUGAUCUUGUUCAUUUAAAUGAUAAUAAUUCAUCAUCACAUAUUGAAUCAUUAGAUGAACAAUUACGUAAAACAAAUACACGUCGUUAUUAUACAACAACAGAAAUAAAUCCAUCAACAAGAAUUGAAACACGUUCACAACGUGCACGUGUACCAAAAACAUCAACACGUUCAAUGUUUGAAGAAUUUUCAUCAAGACCUAUAUUAAAUCGUGCAACCGGUGCAUCAUUUUCAACAGGAACUCUUGAUAUUGGUCUUGGUCGUGGUCGUCCAACACGUGGUCAUGUUGCAUCACCUACUCUUUUUCGACCAACAUCAAAUUUUGAUCCAUCAACAUAUUAUCCUCGACCACCAAUUUAUGUUCCAUCACCAUAUGCGUAUGCAUCAAGUGUACCAACAGCUGCUUCAUUAAUAAAUCCUGUACCAACAACAACAACACAACGACAAACACAAUUAAUAUUAUCAUCACAAGAAAAAGCUAAAUUAAAAGAAUGGAUACAAAAUCAAGCGAAACAUUUUCGUACAGCUUAUUUUUCAAAUAAUUCUUCAACAUCAAAUAUAGCUUUACAAAUAAUAAAUCGUUUAGCAACAGCUGUUGAUAUAUUACAUGUUGGUAAAGAUCAACAAGAAAAUGGUAAAGCAUUACGUGAUAUUGCAAAUAUAAUAGCUAAAGGUGAUGUAUCACCAUUUGAAAUGGUUCAUAGUGGUUUAAUAACAAAAUUAUUUCAAUAUUUAACUGAUGAUAUAACAAUACCAAAUAAUAGAUCAGAAAGAUUAAAACAAUUUUUAAAUAUUUUUAUGAAUAUUCCAUUAGAAAAUGAACAAGAUUAUGAUAUUAUAUUAAAACAAUAUAUUAUUGAACUUUAUCAAUCACAAUUUAAUCAUGGAAAAAAUCAUCAUCGAAAAGAAUAUAAUAUUUUAAAUCAUUUAAUUAAUAAAUUACAUGGAUGUAUUAAUCAACUUGAACAGUUUCCAAUACGAAUCAAUGAUAUUGCUGGUCGUCCAGCUCAUAGUUCAGCACUUCGUUUAAUUACAACACAUCAAUUAAAAUGUAAUCUUGUUCGUCAUCCACAAUGUAAAACACUUAAACAAUGGAAUAGUGGUCCGGUGAAAAUAGAUCCACUUGCACUUGUAUCAGCUAUUGAAAAAUAUUUACUUUUACGUGGUAUUGCUCAUAGUAAAAUCGAUGAUCCAUCGAAUACACUUGAUGAUGAUGAAAGUGAAGUAUCAAAUGAAUCUGAUGCUGAAGAUGUUAUUAAUGUUUUAACACGUUCAUCAACAAUGAGACUUGAAUUUUUAAUUAAUGAUCAUAUUAUUCCACAUAAUAUGACUAUCUAUCAAGCUGUACGAUUAUAUAGUACACCAACACAACGAACAGCUGAUAAUGAAUCAGAAACUGAUACAGAUGAAUCAAUAUUUUCUUCAUCAACAAUUUGGACACGUAUACAUACAAUAAAUUAUCGUCAAGCAACAAAUUCAUCAUCAACAAUAAAUACAUCUCUUGGUACAUCUAAUAUAACAACAUCAUCAUCAUCAUCAAAUCGUAUACGACGUACAAUAAAUACACAAAAUUUAUCAAAAAAAACAAUAAAAACUUCAAAACGUUCAUCAAUAAUAUCAACAAUUGAUGAAUUAUGGUUAAAUGGACAAUGUAAAAAAUCAAAAUCAUUAUUAAUAACAACAUUAGAUGAAUCAUUAUCAUCAAUAUUAACAAUAAAUGAUUUAUCAUUAAAUGCAAUAUUUCUUUUACGAAUAUUAAAUAGUUUAAAUAUUUAUUGGUAUGAUUUAUAUAUACAUACAAAUACAAUGCAUAAUAAUCAAAAUAUAAUAUUAACAUUAAUAUCAAAAAAUGAAUUUUUAUCAGCUAAAUUAACAUCAAAAGUUAAUAGACAAUUACAAGAUCCUGUUGUUAUUAUGAUGGGACAAAUACCAUCAUGGAUAACAGAAAUGGGUUAUUCAUGUUCAUUUUUAUUUCCAUUUGAAACACGACAAAUGCUUUUUUAUCCAUGUGCAUUUGAUCGUGAACGAGCAAUGCAAAGACUUUUAGAUAGUUCAGAUAUGUUAACACAACAACAUAAUAAUGAUCAAACAGAUAGACAAUCAAUUAUACCGAGAAUUGAAAGAAAAAAAGUACAAUUAUCAAGAACAAAUAUUCUAUCAGAAAUGGAAAAAAUUCUUGAUAAUUGGAAUUCAAAACAUUUUCUUGAAGUUCAAUAUGAAGAUGAAGUUGGUUUUGGUCUUGGACCUACACUUGAAGCUUAUUCAUUAUUAUCAAAAGAAUUACAAAAAAAUGGUUUAGAAUUAUGGAGAACUGACAAAAUUUUUGAUUCAAUAAAAGGUUAUUAUCCUAUAAAAAUAUAA